AUGACGAAUAAUAUUAUACAAUCAAUUAAGAAUAUAACAUCAUCUACUGAAUCAAAGAUAAAGAAUGCUAUUAAUACAGAACCAUUGGGUCCAUACAAUCAUGAAUUAAUAGAAUUAGCUACUUUGACAAUCAAUAAAAAACAUCUAUCAGUAAUAACAUCAAUAUUAACUAAGAAAUUAUCACCGUUAAUAAAAGAAGCUUCCAAACGAGUUUCUUCAGAAGAUGUUACCAGUUUAGAAUCUGAAGGUGUUCAACCAGUUACCCGUGUAAGGCGAGCUAAAUCAAUAGCUGCAUUUGUUUCAAAUCGUAUAAAUAGUAACAAACAACAACAACCGCCAAUGCCGAAACGGUCACAAUCAAUUCCAAAUUUACCACAACCCCAUUCAUCAUCAUCGAAGAAACAUAGUCGGAAACCGGAAUUUGAUAGUAAGACAUAUCUUAGUUUAUUGAAGACACUUACUGUUAUUUUAUACUUAUUACAAAAUGGAUCAGAAGAAUUUGUAAAUUGGGUAGAAGAUAACUAUCAAACUUUAUUAAAACCAUUAAGAAAAUUAACAUAUCCUAAGAAAUAUAAUGAAACUAUUCGAUAUAAAUUAUCCAAAAUCACUUCAUUAAUGGAGAAUUCUGAAAACCUUCAUUCCUAUAGAGUUAAUAUUCAUAAAUUAAGAACCGAUAUGUUAUCACCAGGAAUCAAAAGAACUUCAUUAGAUGGAAUUGAUUUAUUACAUCAUGAAACAUCUCCAAUUGAUUAUACUCCAACAUCUAGAAGAUUUUCCGGUGAUUAUACAUUAUCAAGCAAUAUAAUUCCCACCACCAGCAUCACCAGUAAUAAUCAUGACGAUUCGAUUUCAAGGCGGCUUUCAAGUCAUUUUUCAGCUCCUCCAUCACCGCCACGGGGCCCAUCAUCGAUAUCAUUUUCACCACCAAGGUCACAUUCAGCAACUAGAUUCCCACCCACAUCUCCAAAAACUCCAAAUGCCCAUCAAUUAUCACCAAUAUUCUAA